GGGGAAAGGAGACCAGUUGGAGGGCUGAGCCCUGCUGUGUGGAGGACUGGCAGCUGAACUCCGGGGAGGUUACAGGCACAAGGCAGGAAUUCUGAAGAUCUCAACACACCCUGCUCUGCCCCUCUCGGCUCAGCUUCCUCUACAAUGCUCCUCCAGGUCUGGACUGGAGUUUUAAGAUAAAAUGGAUGAUUUGACUUUACUUGAUCUUCUGGAGUGCCCUGUGUGCUUUGAAAAGCUCGACGUCACAGCUAAAGUCCUCCCUUGCCAGCACACCUUCUGCAAACCAUGUUUACAGAGGAUUUUCAAGGCCCACAAGGAGCUGAGGUGCCCCGAAUGCAGGACCCUGGUGUUUUGCAGCAUCGAGGCGCUGCCGGCCAACCUGCUGCUGGUGCGGCUCCUGGAUGGCGUGCGCUCGGGGCACAGCUCCGGGAGACGCGGCUCCCUGCGCAGGCCGGGUGUGCUGACCGCGCAGGACUGCAGCAAAAGCAGGACCAGCCCCAGAAGUCUACAAGCCAGCUCUUUCCGGCUGGUGCCCAGUGUCAGAAUCCACAUGGAUGGGGUACCUCGAGCCAAGGCCUUAUGCAACUACAGAGGGCAGAAUCCUGGUGACCUGAGGUUUAAUAAGGGAGAUGUUAUUCUCCUCCGGAGGCAACUCGAUGAGAAUUGGUACCAGGGGGAGAUCAAUGGAGUCAGUGGGGUCUUCCCUGCCAGCUCUGUGGAAGUCAUCAAACAGCUGCCCCAGCCGCCUCCUCUCUGCAGGGCCCUCUACAACUUUGACCUAAGAGAUAAGCACAAGAGUGAGAAUAAGGAUUGCCUGACCUUCCUCAAGGACGAUAUCAUCACUGUGAUCAGCCGAGUGGACGAGAACUGGGCAGAAGGCAAGUUAGGAGAUAAAGUGGGCAUCUUCCCUAUCUUGUUUGUAGAGCCAAACCUCACUGCAAGACACCUCCUAGAGAAAAACAAAGGGCGUCAAUCAUCCCGCACAAAAAGCCUAUCCCUGGUGUCCUCAUCCUCCAGAGGCAAAAUGGCCAACACACCCACCCUCCGUAGGGACCCAGGGUCCAGGAGGAAGGGGCCAGGGCAGUUCUCCAUCACCACUGCCCUGAACACUCUCAACCGAAUGGUCCAUUCUCCCUCGGGGCGCCACAUGGUGGAGAUCAGCACUCCAGUGCUUAUCAGCUCCAGCAACCCCUCUGUGAUUACCCAGCACAUGGAGAAGGCAGACUUACCUCCCAGCUCUGCAGGGCAGGUCAGCACUUAUCAUCCCACACCUGCCUCCACAGGACAUUCCACAGCCAUGGUCAGUCUGCCCGGCUCCCAGCAACACUUCUCAGCUAACAUGUUUGUAGCCCUGCAUUCCUACUCAGCUCAUGGACCUGAUGAGCUAGACCUGCAGAAGGGAGAAGGCAUCAAGGUUCUGGGGAAGUACCAGGAUGGCUGGCUGCGUGGCAUCUCCUUGGUCACUGGGCGAGUGGGCAUCUUCCCAAGCAACUAUGUCAUCCCCAUUUUCAGAAAGACCUCUAGUUUUCCAGAUUCCCGGAGCCCUGGUCUCUAUGCCACAUGGACAUUAUCCACCUCCUCUAUGUCCUCCCAAGGCAGCUUUUCAGAAGGUGAUCCCCAGCAAAGCCGUCCUUUCAAAUCUGUCUUUGUGCCCACUGCUGUCGUCAAUCCCGUGCGGAGCACAGCUGGCCCAGGGACGUCAGCACAAGGGUCUCUUCGGAAAGCACGAAGCAGCAUGAGAAAGAAUGGAUCCCUGCAGAGACCAGUCCAGACAGGGAUCCCCACCCUCAUGGUGGGCUCCCUCCGACACAGUCCCACCAUGGUGGUACGGCCUCAGCAGUUCCAAUUCUACCAGCCACAGGGGGUGCCCUCCUCUCCCUCGGCAGUGGUGAUAGAGAUGGUACCCAAGCCUGUUCCCGAGGGGGAGCCUGCCCUCACCUGCAUCAGCAGAGGCAGCGAUACUAGGAUCCACUCAGCAGCCAGUUCUGUCAUCAUGGAAGGCAAGGAAAUCCCCAUCAAGAGUGAGCCUCCAUCAAAACCACCUGCAUCUGCCCCCCCAUCGAUCCUGGUGAAACCAGAAAACUCAAGAAAUGGCACUGAAAAGGUAGGAAUGGAAUGA